AUGGCUGAUUCCGACCCCCUCAUUCUGCUCCGCGAAGCGAUCAAGACCCAAGCGCCAUACCACCCUACAGCGUCCUCGGACCCAGCCUCGCCACGGGUCGAGCUCGCCCAAGCGACGCAUCUCGCCUUCCCGACGCGCGGAAUCGCCCUGCCCAUCGCGACGCCGACGCGUUUCAUCUCCAAUGACAAGCCCUUUGACCUGCGCUCCAUCUACUUUGCGUGGCUGAACCGCGACCAGCUCAUCCCUCAGUACAAUGCUGAAGCGACAGCGCUCAACGAAUCCUUGGGCGACAAGGGCAAAGUCCAGAACCUGGGGUACAUUGAGAAGCUAGAUCUCAUCACAUGGCUCGAGGGUGCGGAGAGUGAAUACAUUAUCCCGCUCGCGGGAGGCGAGGCGGCGGCAGCUGGAGGAGAAGCCGCGGCGGCCAAGGCUGGUGCGGCGGCGUCGACGGCCAGAGCUGGCAAAGGGACAUUGGAUCCAAGGCUGGCAAGCGUGUACAACGGCGAGAGGAAGAUGGGUGAUCGCAACACCGUCCUGCGGGGAAUCAAACCUACGGACUUUUCGCACGUACGCAAGCUCGCCGCGCCAUUCUUGACGAAGAAGUCGCAGUCUGCGCCCACAUCAACCACGGCCAACCCGACCACGUCUGUAUCCUCCAAGGUGUCCGGGCGUCGUCCCGACCCCAUUAUCCUCCUCUCGCCCUCUGCUUCUGCUCUCUUGCGCCUGAACAAUAUCCGCUCCUUCCUCCAGGAUGGAAGGUUCACACCCGCGGACACGGCCGCCUCUACGGCUUCCAUGCUCCACGUGCAGCGCAGCAUGCCGAGCAUCGACCCGAACCGGCCCCUGAGGUUCAUCCUCGUGGAGGGACCGGAGCAGUUCAAGCCCGAGUACUGGAACCGCGUCGUGGCCGUCUUCACCACUGGGCAGACGUGGCAGUUCAAGAACUAUAAGUGGAGCAGUCCGAACGAGCUGUUCAAGCACGUGCUGGGCGUGUACGUGGGCUGGCGAGGGGACGCUCCGCCUGAUAAUGUCAAGGACUGGGGCCACCGUGUUGUCUCGACGGCUGUCGACCGAUGGAGGGGCGAUGGCCAUGACGCAUCGCGCUUCAGAGACAAGGAGAUCACCGAGCAGAUUUGGAAGGCGAUCGAAGUCUCCAUGGUGCACAAGGGGUGGAGGAAGGAUGCCGCGCCGUCCUCCAUUUGA